GAACUGAACUGAACUGAACUGGGAAAACUUCUUGUCUGAGGUUCAUCUGAAGACAUUUUCUUUCGCAUCUUCAGCUUGACAGGGACAACAGAAUGAGAUUUUACCACAUAAUAGCUUUGGCACUGGCAAUAAUAUGCCUUUUUGGGGACAGAGGACUGGGAGCCCCAGCCAAAGGCAGGUAUAUGUGGUUGAAAUGCAAGCCAGAUGAUAAGAAUGCAAACUGUCUCACACAAAUGGGCCCCUCGGUGCCCCUGUCAGGGCAACGCUCUCGACUUCUGCCUUCUGCUGCAAAACACAUAUUCCCAGUUAGCACAGAGGAAGCCACUCCUGAUAUGGAGGAGCAGUCAGGAGAGGGUUCAGGUAACUCCGAUGCCUUCGCGCCUUUUAUCAGCAUGGAUCAGAAGAUGAUGAGAGACACAAGAAGUCCAGAGCAACAAGUCGACAAGAAUGAAGAGGAGGGGUCGACUGAUUUCAGUGGAGACAUUGAUUACUCUGAAUAUAUUUCACCUAAGAAAAUAGAUUGGCUUUCUAAAGAGGAUUUGAAAGAGGAAAACAUUAUUGCAUAAAGGGCUACAUUAGAUCUCUUGUGCUUUUUCUUUUUCUUUUUGUACAAUGUGAACCAUAUGGGAUGCUGCUUUUUUGGUCACAGAUAUAAUUAAUAUGUAUUCUUAAACAGUGACAUGCUCUUCAAAAGUUUAUUGUAUUCCUGUUUGCAUUGUAAGGAUCUAUUUUGGUUUGCUCUUCAACUUUGAAACUUUUAUAGUAUUAUUAUUAUUUUAUUUACUCUUAAUGUCCACAGUGUGACCUAUGAUCUGUAUUAAAACAAUAACUUAAAUCCAUUUGGAAUGGAAAUAUUACUAAAUUCAACUUAAAUAAAGUUUUUGGAUAGCAAGACAUUUUGUAAAAAAAAUAUAUUUUUUGCCAUAUUGUAUUUGUAAUAUAUUCUGAACUUUAAAAAAAAAAUACAACUUUAAACUAUAAA